AUGACGGUGGAGGCGGAUACGUACAACAUUAAAAAGGUUGGAAUGGGUCAUUGCGAAAGUUUAGAUAUGAAGAAGCCAGUUAGAAUAGAAGGAUCUAGCAGAGUGUUACAAUCUUCAGCUCCAAGAGGUGUUGGCGCUCAUCACGGCAGCGCACAGGAAGGAAGCUUCCGUAUCGAGCGAUGCCCAGAUGCUAUUGCGCAAGCAUAUUGA